UGUAGUUAUUCGCUUCCCUUAUCAUAAUAUACUAAGAUUAUGUUCAUAUUAAUUUAAAUAGCUGUCUUAUGAAACCUGGAAGUCAUUCACGCUCAUCAUUUGGAUGUGAUCGUUUCAUUUGAAUUCUAUUGCGGUUUGUGUGGCUAUCAAAUUGUAUUUCCGUAUGACUAAUGGAAUUUGCUUGGAUGAUACCAAACUGGAUGGAAAAGUGAUUGUUAUAACCGGUGGUAAUACGGGUAUAGGAAGUGAGUAUGUACUCGAUAUGACUCGACGUAAUUGUAAGCAUAUCAUAAUGGCUUGCCGCAGUGUUGACAAAGGCAAGCAAUGCGCCAAAUGGGUUUUUGACAAAAUUCGAGCUGAAGGUAUGGUUCCAACAACAGUAAUAACAGUCGAACAAUGUGAUCUAAGUUCAUUGAAUUCAGUGGUCCAAUUCUGUGACCGCUUAAAGCGAUCAUCAAUCAUAAAACGUAUUGAUUACUUGAUCUGUUUUGCUGCAGCCACUGGUAUUCCUAUUGAACAAAAAUUCACGUCCGAUGGCAUGGAAAUGCAUUUCCAGUGCAAUUAUCUUAGCCAUUUUCUUUUGAUACACCUGCUUUUCUCCCUACUUAACAAUGGUGCUCGUAUUAUUUUGACAUCAUCACAAGCUCAUUUAUUUGGCAAAAUUGAUCUUAACAACAUUAGCCGAUUAGAACGAUAUGACCGUCAUCCAUUCGGAACAUAUGGUGAUUCCAAAUUAGCUUUGGUCAUACUGGCCAGAGAAUUAUCCAAACGAUUGGAGGCAAACAAUAUCGUAGCUUAUUCAUUUCAUCCUGGUACCGUACUUACCAAUGGAAUAAAACAUAAUCGGAUAUGGUAUCUUCGAAUUUUUUUGACAAUUGUGGCAUAUUUCUAUGGUAAAUCACAUCGAGACGGUGCCCAAACAAUGAUCUAUUUAACAGUGACCGAACAGUGCUGGCUAUCGAAUGGUCGAUAUUAUGCUGAUUGUGCUCUCGCUCCUUAUAACCAAGUGGUUGACGAUGAUAAACUUGCUGAUCAACUAUGGUCGCAUAGCUAUGAUUUAAUCGAAAAAUAUGUUGAUGGAAUCAACAUAAACAAAUCAGUAUGAAAGAUUAUGGAAAUUCAGAAACUUUUAUUAUUUAUGACGAUAGGCCUUAAUC